AUGGCUCGUUUCUUUACUCUUUUCUCUAUUGCUGUUAUCGCUCUUGCUGGUUUUGCCCAAGCUACAGAGGCCGAAAAUGAUGAUGUUGGUGCACCUGAAGAAGCAGGCACAGGCACACAGAUCUACAAUGGCCCAACGAAACGUGAUCCUGGAGCAGCACCCGAAGGCGAAGGUGAGGAGGGAGCCGCAGGUGAACACCCCGCAGAACCCGCAGGUGGAGAAGAUGGUGGAGAAGGUGAAGAAGAGCUCAAGAAACGCGGAGAUGAUGGCGAAAUUUGCGAUGAUGUUGUCUAA